GGAAGCUGCGGCGGCGGCGGCGGCGGCGGCGGCAGGAGCGGCGGGAGCCGAGGAGGAGGCUCCGGACGCUGCCCAGGAACCGGGACGCCGGAGAGCCGCGCCCUGAGCGCUCAGCCCGAGGCGUCAUGGCCGAGUACGGGACCCUCCUCCAGGACCUGACCAACAACAUCACCCUUGAAGACCUGGAACAGCUCAAGUCGGCCUGCAAGGAGGACAUCCCCAGCGAGAAGAGCGAGGAGAUCACCACUGGCAGUGCCUGGUUCAGCUUCCUGGAGAGCCACAACAAGCUGGACAAAGACAACCUGUCCUACAUCGAGCACAUCUUCGAGAUCUCUCGCCGCCCGGACCUGCUCACCAUGGUGGUGGACUACAGAACCCGUGUUCUGAAGAUCUCCGAGGAGGACGAGCUGGACACCAAGCUCACCCGCAUCCCCAGUGCCAAGAAGUACAAAGACAUUAUCCGGCAGCCCUCUGAGGAAGAGAUCAUCAAAUUGGCCCCGCCACCGAAGAAAGCCUGAGCGAGGGGAAGAGGAGGAAGGUUGGACCUUCACUGGACCACUCCCUUCCCCCCAGCCUCCAGGGGAGGGGCGAGGGCAACCCCUCCAGUCUAACCACUUACUAACCUGGUCCUAACCCCCUUACUGUGCGCGUGUGUGUGCGUGUGCGCACGCUCUGGCUGUCCGUCUGUAUGUCUAGCUCAUCUAGUUCCUCCUCCUUGUGAGGGGAUGGGGGGGGUCGGGCUGAGGGGGCAGGGCUUCGUUUCCCCACUUUAGGGGGAGGUGGGGGCUAUUUCUAUGCAAAUAGAAAUGGGCACAUUCCUCCUACUGCCCUCUCCUCCACUCUUCCCCCACACGGCUGAAAUGUGGGAGCAGAAAGGACCUGUGUUUUCCUACACUGAGGAGCCGAGCUGGGGGUGAGGUAUGGGGAGAGGUGGGCGGAUCCAACGACAAGCAUGGGAGGGAAAGCAGUUCUCCAACCCCCACCUGGAAGGGGCGAAGAACUGCCAGAGUUGCAAGUUUGUCCUCCCACGCCGGAGCGGCCAGCGAGUUCCCCAGCGGUUCCUCAGGUUGAAGGGCCUGGGCCCCAGCAGGUCCCACUUUGCUCCCCUCCCGUGGGCCUAGGAUGGGUAUGAGCCAGGGAUCUAAGGAGAGAGGACCACUGGACCCUUUCCUGGCCCCAAAGUUCACACCCCAUGGAGCACCCAGCAUUAGAUCCCCCUGCCUCCCCCAGAGCCCGUGCUGGGUGCAGGUCCCCCUAAAAGAUCUGGGGAGAGAGGGGGCCCUCUUUUCCACUCCUUUAUUCCUACUCAGACUGUUGCACACACGGACUCCAAACCUAGGGAGACUGAGGAAUGAGCUCCUUAGGUCCUAACCCUAACCCUGUCCCACCCACAGGGUCCCAGCGUGGUCCCUACAGGCGACCCUCCCUGUCUUGGGUCUAGAACACCCCCCAGCUGGAACGAAGGGAAGAAGCUAGUGUCUUCCUUUGCACUGACCCCCCCCCCCCGCUCCCCGCCCCAGUUCAGUCCAGGAGGGGACUCGUUAACCCAUCUUCCCCAGUAUCCUGGCGUGUUGGGCUCGUGAAUGCCUCGUAGCCAAAUCACUAGAGUGCAGUGACCCCAGCCUCCUUCCUGUGCCAAGAUGCGCCCCCCUCCCUGACCGUGCUAACUGUGUGUACAUAUAUAUCUACAUAUAUGUAUAUUAAACCCGCACUGCCAUGUCCGCCCUUUCUUGUGGUGUCUAGCGUUAACUUAUUGUCUAGGCCAGGGCGGGGGUGGGAGGGGUGCCGCAGCGAAGGGAGUGCCAGUCAAGUGGCUACGGAGUCAAAAUGAGAAAACUUUUUUUUUUUCAUUUAAAUUCACAU